AUGCAGCGGCAAUCUUUAAUAGUGGGUAUUGUCUCAUGGCGAGCUUUGUCGGAACAGUUGCCAACUAAAUCUGCAUUGGCCCCUCGUAAUGUAGAUGUUGGGAGUAUAGGUUGCCCGUUGUCUAAUGAAUACCCCGAAUCUAGUGAUCAUUUAUUUGUGGCAUGUCAGUUUUCGCAAGCAAUUUGGCUUAUGAUUGCACAAUGGUGUAAUAUCCCACCUUUGAUUAUGUUUAGUCUUAAGGAUGUGUUGGAUAUUCGCUCCGAUGUAUCGGGUUCGAAGAGGAAAAAGAAGCUCAUCAAUGCCAUUUUUCAAGUGGUGAUUUGGAGUAUUUGGAGGUUGAGAAACGAGGUCAUUUUCCGACAGGUUGAUCCAAAUAUGUCAAGGGUGAUAGAAGAAUCUAAAUCAAUGUCAUACUCUUGGAUCAAAAACAGGCUAAAAUCUUCUAAUUGGUCUUGGGGUGAGUAG